AUGGGUGUGAUUGAAACCUUGGUGAAUAGUCUGAACGAUGAGCAAAAUUCUUUGAACGUCAAAGCGGCGCUUAUGGGAUUAGGACACAUUGGAAGUCAUAGUGAAGGUCUCAAGCUACUUCCUGCUGCAACUGUGCCACAAAUAAUUCGCUUGGCUGAAGAAUCUCCCAUCCUCACUAUUCGUGGCUACGCCUUCUGGGCUCUAAAUUUGCUAAGCACAUCAGUUUCAGGUAUGCAGAUAAGAUUUUCUUCUACAUUUUUAAAAUAA